UGUUCGCCAAUGCCUGCGAAGACAAGGCUUCCGAAAGAAUACUCACGUCAUCGCGUAUUUCUCUUCUUCUCGGCGUUUUUUGGCUACGGAUGGUACAUAGUAAACCGAACGUCGUACACCGCCACGGUUCCGGCCAUCAUGGAAGAGUUUAGGUACGGAAAACAGGAACUGGGCCUCAUAACUAGCUCGUUCGCUCUCUCCUACGCACUGAGCAAAGUCCUACUCGGCAUAGUAAGCGACUACAUCAGCCCUAAGUUCGUAUUCGCAGGCGGUCUGGCUUUGAGCGGAGCUUUCAAUGUCGCAUUUGGAAUGUCCAACUCGUUGUUAUCAAUGUGUGGACUUUGGUUUGUCAACGGUCUGGCACAGGGUGCCGGUUGGCCGCCGGUGGCAAAGUUGAUAAAGACCUGGGUAUUGGACCACGAGUCGGGUCGAUGGUGGAGCACGAUAUCAACUAGUAUGAAUUUGGCCGCUGGACUGCACGCUCUACUGUCUGGAACGAUAAUACUCCUUCUGGGUUGGCGCUACGUGUUUUAUAUAUCUGGUGUGACUGCCUUUGUUAUUAGUCUUUUUAUUCUGUUGGUGACAAAAAAUCGUCCCGAAGAUGUCGGUUUACUGUCGCUGGAGGAGCUGGAGCAGAAAAGUGAUGAUGCAAUACAGAAGAGGAUUCAAGUUGUAAAUGAUGUGGAGAGACAGAGGCCUAAGCUGUCAGCACUGUUUCAUGAUUACUUUUUGUGGGUUAUAAGUAUUGGAUACUUGUUGGUGUCCAUGAUACGUGGCACGUUGGCUGAUGCUGGAUGGGGUCAGUUGUAUUUGAUUCAAGAAAAGAAUGCGACAAAACUUGAUGCUGCUGAUGCUAUGGGUAGUUUUCAGCUGGGAGGUUUGUUCGGCAGCUUACUGGUCGGAUUUGCAUCAGAUUAUCUUGUCAUAAGGUAUCCUGCUAUCGGACCAUACGCUCGUGUGCCAGUUUUGUGUGUUUGCACUGCAGUGCUUGCUGUAGCUAUGAACAUACUAAUAUUUUCUGCAAUAUUAACUAAGGUUUGGAUUGCUUGCAUAUUUUUUAUUCUUGGAGCUUGCAUCUUUGGUCCGAUAUCCAUAUUUGGUAUGCUUGCUGUACAAAAUGCUCAGAAAGGAUUAGAGGGAUCGUCUCACUCUGUAGCUGCCUUAGCUGCACAAGGAACAGAACUUUACUGCACUCGUCUCUGGCUUCUUUGACGUUGAUCUUAUGAACUUCUUUUAUCUACAAAUGACAGUAAGUUGUUCAGCAUGUAUUUUGUUGUUUCACAUUGUAUUUUAUAAAACCUGUAUAGCGAUGUAAAUACUUUGUGUUUUUCAGGCAAGUGAGCUACUAACAUGUUUACUAGAUCAGCAGCUGCUGUCAUAGUAAACUUGUGCUUCAGUACAAACAACAUGAUUAAAACAGCACUGGAUCCAACUGUCAUUGAAGACCCUGGAAAGACGACGUCUUCAAAAGUGUGUGCAGUUAUGUUAAUAUUCUUAUCAUCGUCAUGAUUGUUUCAGUAUUGUCACCAAUAUUCUUAAACCGGACAACAUCAUCAUCCUUAUCAUUGUCGUCGUCGUCGUCAUCAUCAUCAUUGUCGUCAUCAUCAUCAUUGCAGUUACCAUGCUUAAAUCCACUACUAUCAUCUCCAUCUGUAUCAGCCGGGUCAAAGACACAUAGAUCUACGUGUACAUGACAUGCAUCACGUCUAGUCAUUACCUACCGUCCAUUGAAAAGGUUCAUUGGGGAUCUCACACUCUUCUAAAUCUUGUCGACUUGUGUCAAGAACAUCUGUGACCCAAGACAAGACAAUAAAGUAUUUUACUGUCCGUGUGAUGCAUGUGAAAUCUGUAUAAUAAUACUUUACUGCUAGAAACAUUCUCUUGUGAUUGGUGUUGUUUAUGAACAAUUAAGAUUUUACAGCUUGUAUAACUAAAUUAAUCAUUGCAUGCAUUGG